AUGACGUCUCAGGACAGCGGAGAGAAGGCCUCUUUCUUCUGCUCGCUGUGUGGGGAGCAGUUCUCUGAGAAGGCACAGUUGGAAGAACACCGAUUGGCUCACAACAACAAGAAGCCUUUCCCCUGCCCCGACUGUGGCAAGAGGUUCCGCAGUAAUUACUACGUUAAGAUCCACAUGCGAAUGCACACCGGGGAGAGGCCUUACCAAUGCACCGAGUGUGGGAAGGGCUUCAUCACAGAAGAAGGGCUGAAGAAGCACGAGAGCGCUCACCGGGGAGAGAGACCUCACCUUUGCCCCGAGUGCGGAAAGAGAUUCAAGCAACAGUCCCAACUUACAUGUCACUUCCGUAUGCACACCGGACAGAAGAGCCACCUCUGCUCCGUCUGUGGGAAGAGUUACUUCAGAGAAUUUGACCUCAAGGUUCACCUCAGAGUCCACACGGGAGAGAAGCCCCAUCAGUGUGAGGAGUGCGGGAAGAGUUUCUACUAUCUACAGGGGCUCCGGCAGCACCAGAGGACCCACGCUCCCAAGCCCAUCGGACCGACCCGCCAGCUAGGCAGGCCUAAGCAGUCGUCCAGCGCGGACAUACCGAACCAAUCACCCAGGACGGGAAGGCCCAGGCCAGCUCCUAGAGUAGAGACCUAUGCCUCUACCCAGAGUGGAGAGACCCAUGCCUCUAGGCCUACCUAG